GGGUUGCAAUCAGGCUGUUGUACCCCGGAACGUGUAUUGAGAGGUUUGCGAGCCUUUUGGGGUCGGUCUGCAGCAAACAUGGAUGCAGCAUUCCAUAUGAUAUUCUGAUAUUGAUUGUCGUUUGUUUUUGACAUAGGCCAAGGUGACAGAUAGCCUAGCCGGUUUUUCCUGAAGACACUUAAACCCUGGAAAUGUGUCAUAGUAGCCUAAUUCAGAAAUUAUGCGUUUACGGUUGGUUAGAGAAAUGACAUCUCGCCUGACUGCGUGCACGCCUGUUUGAUGUAGGACACAUCAGCAACAGGCUUCACCAUUAGAUAUCGUUAUGUAUCUUUUUCGAUAAUCAGAAACAGACACCACGGCGGCUUGAAGGGUAAUGGUGAUACAGCGCGUCCACCAGGAGUCUAUUGACACGUCUACUAGGCAGGCAAUGUUCGCAUUCGCAUCAUCUGGUCAUGGACUUCUUUUGAAUGGCCUGCUAAUCGCAACUACCCUUUUAUGACAAACAUUUGACAUUCAUACAUUUCGAUGGGGCUGUGGAAUUGAACUUUGGAAUUUAACAAGAUAGUUUAUCAACCUGGGCAAUGGGAACUCAAGUUACUGGAAGGAAAAGAAUCCCCAAUCGGGAGAAAAUGACUGCAGAGGACGAUGCCCUGAGUCAGAUUGCACGGGAGGCUGAGGCACGUCUGGCUGCCAAGCGGGCUGCCAGAGCGGAGGCUCGUGAGAUCCGCAUGAGGGAACUGGAGAGGCAGCAGAAAGAGAUCUCUCAGGUCAAGAAGAAGUACUAUGGGCUGGACAGCAAGUGGGGCCAUAUUGAGCAGUGGAUGGAAGAGAGUGAGAGGUACUCCCGCCACUCACGGAGAAACACCUCGAUAUCGGACGAUGAGGAGCGGAUGUCUGUUGGCAGUCGUGGCAGUCUAAGGGGAAAUCUCAUGUCCUCAGAACUGGGGGGCAGCACCAGCAGUCUGCCUUCAUGCAGACUCCACACCAGCCGGGGCUCAGUGUAUGAGGAGAGUCUGUACACAGGCGGGCGCAGGUUUAGCGGCUCCAGCUGUCGUGUUCCGUCAGAGUAUAGUGGUUUUCUGGGCUCCAGCUCCAGAGCCUCGUCCAGAGCGAGUUCUGCCAGAGCCAGCCCAGUGGUGGAGGAGAGGUUGGACAGAGACUUCUUUGACAAAGGCUCCAGAACCGCCUCCACUCUGUCAGCAGCCACUUUAGCCUCGCUGGGUGGUGGAUCCUCGCGGAGAGGAAGCUGUGAUACGUCCAUUUCUGCCGACACAGAAGCCUCGAUGAGGGAGAUGAAGGACUCUCUCACUGUGGUGGAGGAGAAGUAUCGCAGGGCCAUGGUGUCCAACGCACAGCUGGACAAUGAGAAGUCCAACCUCAUGUACCAGGUGGACACACUAAGAGACACCCUCAUGGAGCUGGAGGAACAGAUGUGUGAGAUAAGAAGAGAGUAUGAGGAGAAGGCCAGGGAUUAUGAGCACGAGCGCCACGCACACGCUGUUCUCAAGCUCCAGUGCACUGAGAUGAAGGAAACUCUUAAACAGAGUGAGGAGUUACUGGUGGAUGCGCAGCAGUUACGACUGAAACAGGACAGCUAUGUUAGAGAGAUUUCUGACUUCCAAGAGACUCUGGGCUGGAAGGAGAAAAAGAUAGUGGCGUUAGAGAGGCAGAAGGAAUACUCAGACUUGAUGCGGGAUGAGCGCACUGCCCUCAGGGACGAGGUGCUUAGACUCCAGGAUGUGCUGAAGAAACACGGUAUAGCAGUCACAUCCGAGCUGACAACCAAUGGGGAUACAGGAGAGGGUGUGAUUGAUGGGCAUGUCACCUCAGAGACCGCCUCCCAGCUGGCUCAGGACGGUGUCAUUCCGAGUGGCGACAGCAUACUAGAGAUCCGACUCCGAAAGUUAGUUGAAGAAAGAGAGACUUUAAUGGAACAGGUGAGGAAACUGAGAGCCCAGCUGGACCAGGCUCAGAGGAACGGCACAGACGAUGGAACGGGCACAGAUGAGGACCUCCUGCAGAACGGCAUGGACCCCCAUAUUCUUGACUUGCAGAGAGACGCCAACAGACAAAUCAGUGACCUCAAAUUCAAGCUGGUUAAAUCAGAGCAAGAAGUUGCAGCCCUUGAGCAAAAUAUUAUACGACUUGAGGGUCAGGUGACCCGCUACAAGUCUGCAUCUGAGAGUGCAGAGAAGGUGGAGGACGAACUAAAGGUGGAGAAGCGGAAGCUCCAGAGAGAGCUGCGGGCAGCACUGGACCGCACUGACGAGCUGGAGGCCAGCAACAAUCACUUGGCCAAGCGCCUGGAGAAGAUGAAGGCCAAUCGGAGCGCCCUGCUUGCCCAGCAGUGAUGGCUGCCCCCCUGCCUGGGCUCAGCCCUUGAGCCAGUGGACUCUUUGGCUCAAUUCUAGCACAUUAAUGCUGAGAAGGCCUACAAGCUCACAGCAUGCCUCUCAAUGAGACCAGGCAGCGCAGCAAAAAUGCAAUGCAAGCAGUGUUACACAGACUCAUUCAAUCACGCUUUUGGGAAAAAAAAGGACAUUCGAGCUCCACAAGUCCUGUUGCUGUGGGAGGUUUGCCUUUGGUUUGGUGAUUUUUGUCUUUGGAUGUUUGACAGGGUGUAUUCACCAGAGGGGCACAUAUUAUCAUUUUCCUGCAGUGACACAUGGUCCUUUGGUGGGAUCUGGGGCUGAUUUCAGAGAGGAAUAACCACUGAGCCUCUCUUCUAUUGGGUAUAUCCAUGAGUUCUCUGCUAUGACUCAUAGUAGCUCAUUUCUAUUGGGUAUAUGCAUGAGAUCUCUGCUAUGACUCAUAGUAGCUCAGUACUGUUGGGUAUAUCCAUGAGACCUCUGCUAUGACUCAUAGUAGCUCAUUUCUAUUGAGUAUAUCGAUGAGAUCUCUGCUACGACUCUCAUAUGACUCAUAGUAGCUCACUUCUAUUGGGUAUAUCCAUGUGAUCUCUGCUAUGACUCAUAGUAGCUCAUUUCUAUUGGGUAUAUCCAUGAGUUCUCUGCUACGACUCUCAUAUGACUCAUAGUAGCUCACUAUGGGACAUAUCUGGUCACCAGUUAGGCAGGGGCUACCCCAAUAAGCACUGCAUGUUUGCAUUCUUUUUGCUACCGUGAUAGGCUGUCUCUGAAGACAGUAGAUGGGAUGAGACAGCUUCCACUGUGAACAAAAAGGGAACUAUUAGAUUAGUUGCAGCACUUUUGUAAAUCUGUGUGCCUGUGCUCACACAAGUACUCUUAAUGAUGUCGCUGAAAUCAACCUGUUUGUUUUUUCAGUUCAAUUAUCAAAAGGGAUGGCACUCGAAAGGGUUGCCAAACUAUGGGUAGUAGCAUACACUUAAAACACCCUCACGUCAGGUAAAGCCUGAACUAUCAUGGUACUUUCACCAGCUUUUAGAGGCACAUUUCAAAGGAAGAGGAGACACUAACUUUAGUAAAAUGUAACCAAUUGGUCAAUCAUGCAUUCCAAUAAUGCUUCUUUCUGUUGAUUGUGGCUUGAGGUUCGACAGCCUAAUGUUGUCAAAGUUGAACUGAUACAUAGCGGGUCUGGUAUCUUCACUCUAUUCUGCUUCUGUGUUUUCUUUUUUUGUCCCCCCCCCCCCUGUGUGUAUCAGCACAAAUCAAAUCACUUUUGGGUGGUGGGCUUGUGCCGUUUCACUCCUCUGGGUUUCCUUGGCUUAACAAUGAUAUCAUUCACAGCCACACAAAGACAUUGUGAAGCUUUUAAUGAAUGAUUCCAUCUCCAGCGAUUCAUGCUGCACACGGUAGGGAGACCCAUCCACCCAGCUUUAAGCACUCGGACACAGGAGCAGAGACACCGUGAUCUGUGUGCAAUGACUGAAAUGUGUACUCUGACUAAAUGCACAGGUUGUGUGAUGAAAUAACAAGAAUUACAUUCAUGCAAAAGAAAA